GUAUCUUUUCACACACACAUAAAUAAGCUGCCAAACAUUCGCUCUUUUAAUUUCUCUCCUCUACCGGAUUUCCAGUAUCACAUCACACACCAUAAAAAAGGGGUGUGGAUUGGGAGAGAGUUGAAUAAAGGAAGGUAAAAAUGGGGAAGGGAACUACAAAAUGCAAGAGUGGGUCCCACCAGAUAUUUAAAGAUAGGGCUAAGAACCGUGUUGAGGAUCUCCAUGGGAUGUUUACUGAUCUUCAAUCGGCUCGAAAAGAAAGCCGUUCUAUCGAUGUCGCUGUGCUCGAAGAACAGGUUAAUCAGAUGCUUAAAGAAUGGAAGAAUGAACUUAAUCAGCCCUCCCCUGCUUCUUCUGCCCAGCAGGGUGGAAGUAUCGGGCCUUUUUCGCCUGAUAUAAGUAGGCUUUUGCAUUUGUAUGAUGAGGAAGAUGAUGCCACUAGUGGAUUGGCUGCUCCUAAACCUGAUCCUGAUGGUCUUAAAGUUGCCGAGAACGCAGCUUUUCAUGGGAAUUUUGCUGUUAACCAGACAUCUCAGGAACAAGGCUUCCAAUUGGUUGAUCAAUGUAAAGGUUCUCCUUCAGGAGUCAACAAUAUUGGAGUACAUAACAUGGGUGCUGCUAAUCAGUUGGAUUAUUUUUCAUUUGACUUACCGCACAACUUUGAGCAUAACUAUUUUAGUGGGUUUGAUGGCAUUGGCCGGGAAGAUGCUUUACCUCAGCAGAUGGCCGGCUUUCUGCCUACUGUUUGCCCUCCCCCUUCUGCUUUCUUGGGACCAAAAUGUGCUCUUUGGGAUUGUCCCAGGCCCGCUCAAGGCUGGUGUACUGACAGGCCCGUUCAAGGAUGGUUUCCUGACUAUUGUAGUAGCUUGCAUGCUGCAAUUGCUCAAAAUGAAGGCCGAUUUGGGAUGACACCUGUCAUACGACCAAAAGGAAUCGAGUUGAAGGACACUUUACUUUUUGCCGCACUUAGUGCCAAGGCACAGGGGAAGGACGUGGGUGUCCCCGAGUGUGAAGGUGCUGCUACUGCAAAGUCUCCAUGGAAUGCACCUGAGCUUUUUGAUCUCUCAGUGUUUGAGGGUGAAACACUGCGGGAGUGGUUAUUCUUUGAUAAGCCUCGAAGGGCAUUCGAGAGCGGAAACAGAAAACAGAGGUCACUUCCAGAUUACAAUGGACGUGGUUGGCAUGAAUCAAGAAAGCAAGUAAUUAAUGAAUCUGGGUGGCUAAAAAGAUCCUAUUACAUGGACCCACAACCCAUGAAAUUUCUCGAAUGGCAUCUCUACGAGUAUGAAAUCAGCAAAUGUGAUGCUUGUGCUUUGUAUAGAUUGGAACUUAAGCUUGUUGAUGGCAAGAAAAGUCCUAAAGGAAAGAUAGCAAACGAUUCGGUUGCUGAUCUUCAAAAGCAAAUGGGAAGACUUACCGCUGAGUUUCCAUUGGAUAACAAUAUUAAAAGAUCUGUUAAAGGAAGGGGAAAGGCCAAUUUGAAAGACAACGGUGCUGCAGCCCUCUAUCUUGGUUCGAACCUAACUGCUGAAAAUGAUGUUACUGAUUAUGGGGCAAAUGCACCAUUUAACUAUCUCAUAGACGAUAUUGGUGGCUACUACAAUUGAUAAAUAUUUAAGAGGUAUUAUGGCUGUUUAGGCUUGAGUUAUUAUAGUUUCAUGUUUUGUUACUCGAUGUCAAAGUCAAAGUCAAUGUCAGAUGUUGGUGCUUUAAUUGAUGGAAUUGGCGGGAUUGUGAAAUGCGCUUGAGUUUUAUGGCGGAGCACGAUUCUAAGUUUCUAACUCUCUGGAGAUGGUAUAUGAGAAGUGAAGACAGCUGCUGCCUUUUCUCUUUGUUGCAUCAGCUUUUCUUCUUAUGAUGAUGGUAAACAACAUUAAUACUGCGUUGUUGCCCAUAAUUAGGUUAUAUGAUUAUUACUAGCUACAAAACUUCAGUUUUGAAGAUUGGUGCUAAUGAACUAAAAGGCAUGAACUCCGUGCUCAAAUUAGCAGCCAGCAAUGUAACUUGUGGGUCAGUUGGUAUAUAUGAAUUGCACGAUAUGACAUGGUUUUUGUGACUCAAAA